AUGUUCACUUUGAUUUUAUUCUUCUUGCUCCUGAACAUCCCACUUCACAUGUCGAGUUCCAUUCAUCCCAGUUGCUUUUGGACAAUGAAGCAGAGUGAAGACAAGGAUGGAAUAUUUCAGCCAUGUGCCUUCAUACUUGAGGCAGUCCAUAGGCCAGUGGAUAUAACAGAGUUCAUACAACCUUUCAAAAGAAGAGGAGGAUAUCACAACAAUCAGUUUGCACUGGCCUUAGCGUUUGCAGUGGAUCAAGUCAACAGGAACCAUGAUCUUUUACCAAAUAUAUCUUUGAAAUUUGGAUUUCUAGCAGGUGGUUGUAAGUUCAUGGCAAAAGCAUAUGAUAUUAUUCAAUCUUCUGUAAAAUAUCAUUAUAAUGCACCUAAUUAUAACUGUAUUAAUCUGGACAGAUGUUCAGUGGUGCUUUCAGGACCAAACUUGGCAGAAUCUUUAGUAGUUGGGAAAUCAAUGGACCUCUACCAUUCACAGCAGGUCGUUCAAUUUACCUUUGGACCCUUCCAUCCUAUCCUGAGUGAUCAUGAACAAUUUCCUUAUUUGUAUCAGAUGGCCCCCAAGGACACAUCUCUAGCCCUGGCCAUGAUCUCUCUCAUGAUUCACUUCAGCUGGAACUGGAUUGGGCUGACCAUCUCAGACAAUGAUCAUGGUAUCCAGUUCCUCUCAUAUUUGAGAAGAGAAAUGGAAGAAAAAACAGUCUGCUUUGCCUUUGUGAACAUGAUUCCAGUCAACAUGCAUUUAUAUGUGUUAAGAGCUGAAACAUAUUAUAAGCAAAUCAUGACAUCAUCCUCAAAUGUUGUUAUCAUUUAUGGUGAUACAGACAGUACUCUAGCUUUGAGCUAUAGAAUGUGGGAAUCUUUAGGUAUACAGAAAAUAUGGGUCACCACCUCACAGUGGGAUGUCACCACAAGAAUGAGAGACUUUACAUUUGAUGCACCUCAAAAGACUCUAACUUUUGCACACCAUCAUGCUGAGAUUUCUGGUUUUAAAAUUUUUCUCCAGACGUUGAGCCCUCUCACCACAAACACAUACCUGGCAAGUCUGGAUUGGAUGAACUUUAACUGUGAAGUCUCAGCUUCUAAUUGUAAGACACUGAAGAAUUGCUUAUCCAAUGCCUCAUUGGAAUGGCUAGGAUUACAGACUUUUGACAUGGCUUUUAAUGAUGCCAACUAUGAUAUAUAUGAUGCUGUGCAUAUUGUGGCCCAUUUCUACCAGGAGAAGCUUCUUCAGGGAAUGGAUAAUGUGAAAGGACAUCAGUAUAAUUGCUUGAAGAAAGAACAACUGAAGGCAGAAUAUGACAUAUUCCAGAUUUGGAAUUUCCCAAAUGGUCUUGGACUUAAGGUGAAGAUUGGAAUGUUUAGCCCAUAUUUUCCAUAUGGUCAACAGCUCCAUUUAUAUGAAGACAUUAUAGAGUGGGCCACAGGAAGUACAAAGUUCACUCCUGAAGAUCUCUGUUUCCCCUUCCCAAGAUCAUUAGGAGUGGCCUUAUUAGUAAGUAUUGCCUUGUGCUUCACUGCAAUCACAGCUGCAGUUCUUGGGGUAUUUGUGAAGCAUCAUGACACUCCCAUUGUCAAGGCCAAUAACCGCUUUCUCAGCUACACCUUGCUCAUCUCACUCCUCUUUUGUUUCCUCUGCCCCUUGCUCUUUAUUGGCCAUCCCAAUGCAGCUACAUGCAUCCUUCAGCAAAUCACAUUUGGAGUUGUAUUCACAGUGGCUGUUUCCACUGUGUUGGCCAAAACAGUUACUGUUGUUCUGGCUUUCAAAGUCACAACCCCAGGAAGAAGGAUGAGGUUCUACCUGACUUCAGGGGCUCCCAACUAUAUCAUUGGCAUCUGUACCCUCAUCCAAACUAUUCUGUCUGCAAUCUGGCUGGGAGUUUCUCCUCCAUCUGUUGACAUUGAUGCACACUCUGAGCAUGGCCACAUCAUCAUUGUGUGUGACAAGGGUUCAGUUACUGCUUUCUACUGUGUCUUGGGAUACCAUGGCUCCCUUGCCUUUGGGAGCUUCAUUGUGGCUUUCUUGGCCAGAAAUCUCCCUGACAAAUUCAAUGAAGCCAAGUUGCUGACUUUCAGUAUGCUGUUGUUCUGCAGUGUCUGGGUCACCUUUCUCCCUGUCUACCACAGCACCAAGGGUAAGGUCAUGGUGGCUGUGGAGGUCUUCUCCAUCCUGGCCUCCAGUGUUGGUCUUCUGGGAUGCAUCUUUUUCCCUAAGUGCUACAUAAUUUUGUUAAGACCAGAGAGAAAUUCCCUCCAAAAGUUAAAGGGGAAAACAUCUUUCUGA